GUCCCUGUGCAUCCAUGUGUGUACAUGCCUGGUAGGUUAAAUCCAGUUUCUCCUCGUUUCUAUCUCUCUUUCUGCCUGCCUCUAUAACUCACACACUGACACUAGCUUUGCUCUUUGGCAACACACACAAACACACACACACACGCACACACACAUAUUAAAACCACACAAAUUCAACAGAGGAUUGUAGUUGGUCCAUUUUUCUGGUGCUUUAAAACUCAAUAUAUCGCCUUCAUGGAGGAUUACCACAAACCUGACCAGCAGACAGUGCAAGCACUGAGGAACAUCGCCAACCGCCUCCGAAUCAACUCGAUCAAGGCAACAACUGGAGCGGGCAGCGGAUAUCCUACGUCAUGCUGCAGUGUGGCAGAAAUCAUGUCUGUGCUUUUCUUCCACACUAUGAAGUACCGCCCUGAAGACCCAAGAAACUUCAACAACGACCGUUUUAUCCUGUCUAAGGGUCAUGCUGCUCCUGCGUUGUACUCCAUAUGGGUUGAAACAGGUUUUCUCAAGGAGAGCGAAUUGCUCAGUUUAUGCCAGGUUGACUCUACCCUGGAGGGGCACCCAACCCCUAAACAACAAUUUGUGGAUGUCGCCACUGGAUCGCUGGGGCAGGGUCUUGGUGUGGCCUGUGGAAUGGCUUACACUGGGAAAUAUUUUGACAAAUCCAGUUACCGUGUCUUCUGUCUGCUCGGGGAUGGUGAGAUGUCAGAGGGUGCUGUCUGGGAGGCCAUGUCAUUUGCCUCCUACUACCAGCUUGACAACCUGGUGGCCAUUAUGGACAUCAACCGUCUUGGCCAGAGUGACCCUGCACCCUUGCAGCAUCACGUAGAAAAAUAUCAGAAGCGUUGUGAAGCCUUUGGCUGGCAUGCUAUCAUUGUUGACGGACACAGCGUAGAGGAGCUUUGCAAGGCUCUGAGCCAGCCAUGCCACCAACCCACUGCCAUCAUAGCCAAAACCAUUAAGGGCAAAGGCAUUCCAGCUGCAGAGGAUAAGCUGGGUUGGCACGCCAAAACUCUGCCCAAAGACAUGGCUGAGAUGGUCAUGAAGGACCUGCAGAGCCGUAUCAUGAGUAGCAGCAAGCACCUGUACCCACCUGCUCCUAUUGAGGACUCCCCACCCGUCAGCCUAAGAAACAUCAGGAUGCCAAGCGCACCCAGCUACAAGGCUGGAGAAAAGAUUGCUACGCGGAAGGCAUACGGAAUGGCACUGGCCAAGCUGGGACGCUACAAUGAACGUGUUGUGGCCCUUGACGGAGAUACCAAUAACCUCACCUACUCAGAGAUCUUUAAGAAUGAGCAUCCCAACCGUUUUGUUGAGUGCUACAUUGCUCAGCAAAACAUGGUCAGCGUUGCGAUGGGAUGUGCAGCCCGAGAGAGGAACAUGGUAUUUGCCAGCACUCUUGCAUCCUUUUUCACUCGCGCCUAUGACCAGCUUCGUAUGGCAGCGAUCUCAGAAAGCAACAUCAAUCUGUGCGGCUCUCACUGCGGUCUGUCCACCGGAGAGGAGGGCCCUGCCCUGAUGGGUCUGGAGGACGUAGCUAUGUUCAGGGCCCUUCCCACAGCAACCAUUUUCUAUCCCUGUGAUGGCGUGUCUACAGAGAAGGCUGUGGAACUGGCUGCAACCACGAAGGGUGUUUGUUACAUCCGAACCAGCCGCCAAGACUGUGCUAUCGUCUACAACAGCAAUGAGGACUUCCAUGUUGGACAGGCAAAGGUGGUGUACCAAAGCAAGGACGACCAGGUCACUGUGGUGGCAGCUGGAGUGACUUUGCAUGAGGCCCUUGCUGCAGCUGAACAUCUAAAGAAAGAGAGGAUCUCUGUCCGAGUGAUUGACCCCUUCACAAUCAAACCUUUGGAUGUCAAAACGAUCAUCGACCACACACGUGCUACCAGGGGAAGGAUCCUCACUGUCGAGGACCACUACUACGAAGGUGGUCUUGGCGAAGCAGUGUCUUCAGCAAUGGUCAAUGAGUCUGGCUUCAGUCUGCACCGUCUCGCUGUGUCCCACAUUCCUCGCAGUGGAAAACCCCACGAGCUGCUGAAGAUCUACGGUAUCGACCGUGAUGCCAUUUCCCAGGCCAUUCGUAAGAUGGUCAGCAGCUCUACCAAUGCCAAGUAACCACCUACCUAUCCAAUUACACCCCUGAAGAUAAGGCUAAGUAGUCAAAUAUGUUUUCGAUUCACAUGGCACCCAACUCUUUGAUUUCGUUCACAGUGAAUACCCCUAAGUGUGUAGGCUACUAAAGUAAUGUGAUUUUGUGCUGUACACAUUAGAGUUCCAUGUUUGCCUUCCUUUUUGUGUAUUUAUCACCAAAACUGAGACACACAAAUUCAUGCAACAUGCAUAUCCUCACUGAUAAUACCAGCGUUGUUAUAGACCCAUUUCAAUGAUAGAAAUGUGGACAUAACUGACAUUUUCAUUGGUGGAUGCUCACUAUUAAAAAAAAAAAAGUCCGGUAUUACAUGUCUGCUGUGUGAUCCUCUAAUGUGUUCCUAAUGCUCUUGGAUUCAUUCAACUGGCAGUGGUUUUAUAUUGUUUUGCUAUAGCUUGUAAUACUGAGUGGGGCAUAGUUUUCAAGUCGGUGUUUAUCAUAGAGUGUGUGUGUCAGACAGAAACUAAAUGAGUUGUUGUUGUGAAAGACUUUAGGAAACAAAGUGAAAGAAAUGUGUACACGUCAUAAAGAGCAGUCAUGCAGAGCCAGAAUUUAAACAUUCAGAUGAUUUCACUUUCAUUUUUGUAGUUUUUAAAUUUGUUUCUAUUCAGCAAUGUCUUUUGUUAUUGAAAUUUCAGUUACCGUAAACCAACACACCUCAGUGUUCAUUUGUGCUCUAGCACUGCUUUUGGACCUCAACAGCAGUGUAAUCUUUACACAACGUGGAGCAAAGAAGAGCCACCAGUGCUGAUAGAGGAUACAGUGGGCUGUGAUGUUGAAUAGCUAGUUACGUCCAGCGUGUCAGCCUAAGAACAAACACUUUCUUUGUUACUUGAAAUUUUGUAUGUACCAUACUUUCAUGUAAUAAAGCCCUCUGCAUUUGA